UCAGAGCUCAAAUUUCAGUCAUCACUCUUUAAUCUUCAUUUAUUCAUUAGUCUUUUGGGAUUUGGCGUAUUUCUAUUAAUUCUAUUCGCGACUCGCGUGUGAUUUAACAUUUUUGUGUGCCUAGUGUUUAGUGUCAACAAGAUUUGGAAGUUACUAUUAUAGUCUACUACUGUCUAUUUACUAAUCAGACCGAACAUUGAAUAGCGAGUUUUAAACGACCAGUGACUUCAUAAUUUUUUGGAAUAAAAAAUGGAUACAACAAAAAAUGAAAUGGAAUCAUCUGAUAAAAUUGAUAAUGUAAUGGACCAAUCAUCAGUAAACGUAGAAAAUUCUUUACAAGAAAACAAUAUUUCUUCGGAACAUGGUAUGGAUAAUGAAGAAAGGACGAAACGAUAUAAAAAUUUACUUACACUAUUAGAAAACAGUACUAAGUUAUCUAAUGCAUUUGAAACCAGAUUAAAAAAAUGUAAACUUCAAAUUAUUAAAAGCGAACUUGCAAAAGCUAAUAAAGUUGAUGAAAAUGUAUCAAGCGGUAUUGAAAAUGAUUCAAUCAAUGGUUCAAAUAAUCAACCAAUUGAAAGUGAAGAAUACGAGAACUAUUAUUUAAAGUUAUUUCAACAACCAAAAUUAUUUAAAGGAACACUUAAAAAUUACCAGAAAGAAGGUCUUUUGUGGAUAAGAACUUUGUUUGAAAAUGGAUUGAACGGUAUCUUAGCUGAUGAUAUGGGGCUUGGUAAGACUAUACAAACUAUAGCUUUCUACUGUUUCCUUUUAGAAAUGGGAAUAAGAGGACCAUUUCUUAUUAUUACUCCAUUGUCUACAAUCACCAAUUGGCUAUCAGAGUUUUCCAAAUUUUCUCCUCAGUUAAAAACUGUGUUAUACCAUGGAUCAAAUAUAGAACGCUAUGUAAUUCGAACAAAAAUUAAUUCAAACUAUAAAGUGGGAAAUUUAGACUGUUUCCCUAUUGUUCUUACAACUUAUGAAAUUUUACGUAUGGACACAAAACUUUUGAAACAAUAUGAUUGGAAGUUUAUUACGAUUGAUGAAGGCCAUAAACUGAAAAAUUCUUUUACUAUAACAACCAAAUGCCUACGUGAAUUUGCUUGUACAAAUAAACUUAUACUUACUGGGACACCUAUUCAGAAUAAUAUGGAUGAAUUAUGGACUUUAUUAAAUGUAUUGAUGCCAAAGUUAUUUAAUGAUAUUAAAGAUUUUAGCUCAUGGUUUGUGAUAGAUGACUUUCAUGGUACAAAUGACCGGAUUAUCGAUUUAGCUAAAAAAGAUGAAAUAUUGGACAUUAUAGUAAAAAUACUAAAACCUUUUAUUUUAAGAAGGCAAAAAAUGGAAACUGAUUUAAACUUGCCACCAAAGAAAGAAAUUGUUAUCUAUGCUCCAGUCACAGAACAGCAACAUAAAUUGUACAUGGCUACAUUGUCUAGAGAAAUGGACACAUUGUUAAAUAAGAAAUCGGAAAAUCAGAGUGAACCUGAAGUAAGGUCUAAAAGGAAAUGUGUAGAAUCUAUUGAAAGAUAUACUGAAAAUAGAGUAAUCAGAAAAACUGUGCCAGAAGAAAAAGUUGAGCCCAAAGAUAAGGCUGUUUCAUUGGUUUUAUUAAAUCCAUUUAUUCAAUUAAAAAAAAUAUCUAAUCAUCCAUACCUUGUCCACAUGCCUUUAAUUCCAGGGGAAAAUGCAAUUCUUGUUGAUGAAAACCUUGUUAAAGCUAGUGGAAAAUUUCUAAUAUUGGAUGCAAUGCUAUCAAAGUUAAAGUUGCUUGGUCAUAAGGUGUUGCUGUUUUCUACAAUGACGCAGUUAUUAGAUUUAAUCGAAGAGUUUUUGAUUUUUCGUUCCUAUGAAUACACCAGAUUAGAUGGUACCAUGAAAAUUCAAACUAGAGCGGAAGCAAUUGAUACAUUCACCAAUGAUGCCGAUUGUUUGGUGAUGUUGAUAUCUACACGUGCCGGUGGACUUGGUUUAAAUUUAACUGCAGCAGAUACUGUUAUCAUAUUUGACAGUGACUGGAAUCCACAAUGUGAUUUACAAGCCCAAGAUCGGUGCCAUAGAAUUGGCCAAGUAAAACCGGUUGUUGUUUACCGUCUAUGUACUAAAAGCACUGUUGAUGAGAAAAUUUUAAUACACGCUGCUGCUAAGAGGAAGUUAGAAAAAAUUGUUAUUGGCAAUGGUACAUUUAAUAGAAACACAAAAGUUAACUUGUCUAAUAUUAAGGAGCUAAUGAAUUUAUUAGAAUCAUCUGAUUAUGAUCAACAAAUACAUUCGAAUGGAUUUAUACUAUCAGAUGAAGAAUUAGAUUCACUUUUGGAUCGAUCUGAUAUGAUUAAGUCAACUCCAAAAACAGAUGCUACUCAAUCUUCUUCCAUACAUUUUGAAGUAUUAACUUAAAUGUUAACUAUUCUUUUUUUUCUUAAAAGUAGUACCUUUAUAGUUGUUAAUUUUGAUACAUUAAUUUAAAAAGAUAUAUAA